AUGCAGCCCACGCCCACCAUGGCCACGGCCGCCGGCAGCGCUGCCACUGUCGCCCUGACCUCGAGUUGGGACAACGCCACCGGCAGCCCCACCGCGGAGCCUGACCCCAUCCUGGAUAACUACGUGCUGCUGGUGGUGGUCAUGUCGCUCUUCGUUGGUGGCACGCUAGUGGUGCUGUCCGGCGUGCUGCUCGUGUGCAGGCGCUGCUGGGAGGCCCACCCGCGCUUCAACAGAGCGACGGAGGAAGCGGAAAAGACCGCCACCACCUACCUGGACAGUGGCGCUCGCCCGGCCCAAGACCCCGACUUCAGGGGGGAGGACCCCGAGGGCCAGGACGCGGAGACGGAGCGCUUCCUGUCCACCAGCUCCACCGGCCGCCGGGUGUCCUUCAACGAGGCUGCCCUGUUCGAGCAGAGCCGGAAGUCGCAGGACAAGGGCCGCAGGUACACCCUGACGGAGGGGGACUUCCACCACCUGAAGAAUGCCCGCCUCACCCACCUGCACCUGCCGCCCCUCAAGAUCGUCACAAUCCACGAGUGCGACCUGGGCGAAACUGGCGCAGCCACCCCUCCCCACGCCGCCGCGGCCCCCAAGGCCAACCUCGCCAUCUUCCAGCCCCCGGGGAAGGCCCUCACCGGCCGCUCCGUGGGCCCCAGCUCCGCCCUGCCAGGUGACCCCUACAACUCAGCCGUGGGCCCUGCUGACUUCGAGAUCAGCCCCUUGGCAUCCAGCGACUCCGGGGAAGGCACCUGGUUGGAUCCAGGCACCAGGAGCAGCAAGCCUGCUGGCCCAGGACCCGCGACGGGGCGCAGCGAGGCCGGGCGCGGGGAGGCAGGCCCUGCUCUGGGGCGCAGCGAGGCCGGGCGGGGGGAGGCAGGCCCUGGCUCUGGGGCCGGACCCGUCCUGCAGUUCUUCACCCGGCUGCGGCGCCACGCCAGCCUGGACGGGGCCAGCCCCUACUUCAAGGUCAAGAAAUGGAAGCUGGACCCCAGCCAACGGGCAUCCAGUCUGGACACUAGAGGCUCCCCCAAACGGCACCAGUUCCAGCGGCAGCGGGCAGCCAGCGAGAGCACAGAGCAGGAGGGGGACGCCCCCCACGGGGAUUUCAUCCAGUACAUUGCCAGCGCAGGCGCCGCUGUGGCCUUCCCGCCCCCCCGCCCCUUUCUGGCCAGCCCCACCAGCCCGUCCCCCACCCUCGGCAGGCUAGAGGCAGCCGAGGAGGUGGGCGCCGCGGGAGGAGCGAGCCCCGAGUCUCCCCCAGAGUCUAGCGGCGGCGUGGGGCCCGAGCAGCUGCAGCCGCAGGAGUCCGACGGCGAGCGGGACUCGGGGCCGGAGCAGGCACAGACCAGCUACCGGGAUAUCUGGAGCCUGCGCGCCUCCCUCGAGCUGCAUGCCGCGGCCGCCUCGGACCACAGCAGCAGUGGCAACGACCGCGACUCGGUGCGCAGCGGCGACAGCUCGGGCUCGGGCUCUGGGACCACCGCGCCCGCCUUCCCGCCGCCCUCGCCGCCGCCCACACCGCGGUCCGCGGACGGCGAGGCGGGAGGUCCGCGGAAGCUGCUUCAGAUGGACAGCGGCUACGCCAGCAUCGAGGGCCGCGGCGCGGGCGACGACGGGCUGCCCAGCGCGCCCGCCCGGCCCCGCAGCCCCCGCGCCUGGCCCCGCCGCGCCCCGCGCCGCGACUACAGCAUCGACGAGAAGACAGACGCGCUCUUCCACGAAUUCCUGCGUCACGACCCGCACUUCGACGACGCGCUGCCCUGCGCCGCCCGCCACCGCGCGCGCGCGCACCCGCACCCGCACCCGCACGCGCGCAAGCAGUGGCAGCAGCGCGGCCGGCAGCACAGCGACCCCGGCGCGCGCGCCGCCCCGCCCGCCCCGCCCGCGCCCGCGUUCCGCCCCGACCCCCGGCCCCCACGCGCGCCUCUGCGCCGCGGCGACAGCGUCGACUGCCCGUCCGAGGGCCGCGCGGGCGAGGACCCGGCGGCGCCCGCCAUCCCGGUCAUCGAGGAGGAGCCCGGCGGCGGCGGCGGCGGCGGCGGCGGCGGCUGCCCCGGCUCUGGCCUGUGCGUCGGGCCCCCGGGGACGCUGCUGGACAAGCUGGCGGCCGGCCUCGACGACAGACUGUUCCCGCCGCGCCUCGCCCAGCCCAUCGCCGCGGCUCCCGCGCUGGCCGCCGCCGCGCCGACGUCUCCCGACCACAGCCCGGCCUAAGCCCCGCGCCCCGCACCCGCCUCGUCAGCUUCUCGGCGCCGCUCGGGGCUCGCGCCGCGGGACGCGCCUCCUGCCGCCCCCCGGUGCGCGCGCUCUCGCCCUCGGGUCACCCUCGAGCGGCCUCCGGUGCGCACGCGCACAGCCCCACCCCCGGGCACGGAGCCGGGGCCCUCCGCGGCUCCUCAGCGUGCGGGCCUGGACCGGAGGGAGCGGGGCCGCUUCUCCAUCUACCUUUGGCCUCGACGGCAGCCGCGGCGCGGGGCCGUCUUGCGCAUAGAACGCCCGGAGGCGCGCGCCGGUACCCGCCCCCGGGAGGGUCCGGGCGGAGGAGCCGAGUGAGGCGCACGAGAGGGGCCCACGGAGCCUCGAGGGGGCCGGGCCGCACGCGCGGGAGUCUGCCCCGGAGCGCACGCGGCGAGCUGGGACCGCUCCGCGGCGGCGCGGGAGCCGGGCGCGCUGGCCCUGGGCUGGCCGGGUGGGUGGAGGCCGCAGCCGCCCGGGCCCCGAAGCUGUUUACCUCACCGCGGCCUGUGCUCGCGACCCCCGGCGCCCCCUGAGCAAUAAACCCCGGCCCGCCCGCCGCCCCCUCGUCCCCGCGCCCGCCCCAAGCAUGUGAGCGGGCUGCCCGCCGCCCCGCCGCCGCACCGUCCAAAGAGCUGCCACGACUCCCGUUUGGAGACACACGAAACCCAAACGGCCAAGGGUUCAAGUUUCCCGAGCUUUAUUUAUUGCCAAAAGAUGGGGCUGCCCGCGCCUGCGGCCGCCCCGCCACACCCCGUCCCGUCCCUCGGAGCUUCCUGCCGUCUGUGUUCCAUCCCGUGAUGGUGUUUCUCGUGUUUGUUUUCUGGUUGAUUAUAAACAUUUACCGCACAUG